GAACUGAUUGAUAGGAUGAUGUUCAAUGGGAUCGCCGCCAAUCUGAUUAUAUAUUUGACCACCAAGCUGAAUCAAGGCACUGUCACUGCCUCUAACAAUGUCACCAAUUGGACUGGAACCCUUUGGAUUACGCCGAUCUUCGGGGCUUACGUCGCCGACGCUCAUCUCGGCUGCUACCGGACCUUCUUCAUCUCCUCGCUCGCAUCCUUUAUGGCAAUGUCUCUUCUAACGGUAGCAGUGUCAGUGCCAAGCCUACAACCGCCGCCAUGUUUAGAACCCAGUAAAGAAAACUGCCAACAAGCCUCCAAAUUACAGCUGGCAGUGUUCUUUGGGUCGCUCUACAUGUUGGCAGUGGCGAGCGGCGGCACCAAACCCAACAUCUCGACAAUGGGUGCCGACCAAUUCGACGAUUUUCAUCCAAAAGAGAAGUCCCAAAAGCUGUCCUUCUUCAACUGGUGGAUGUUCAGUGUGUUCUCCGGCAUUCUCUUUGCCUCCACCAUUCUGGUUUACAUUCAGGACAAUGUCGGGUGGAGCUUCGGCUAUGGCAUUCCCACCAUCGGCCUCGGAGUUGCCAUUCUCAUAUUCGUUGCCGGCACUCCCUUUUAUCGCCAUCGGCUCCCCAGUGGAGGAAGCCCCUUCAUUAGAAUGGCUCGUGUCAUUGUUGCUGCUGCCAGGAAUUGGAGGGUUCCUCUUCCUAAUGACCCAAAUCAACUAUAUGAGCUUGAGGUUCAACAGUACUCAAAGAUUGAUUCCACUCCAUCCUUCAGGUUUCUGAAUAAGGCUGCUGUAAGAACAGGUUCAAGUCAUCCAUGGAGGUCGUGCACAGUGACCCAAGUGGAAGAGACAAAGCAAAUGCUGAGAAUGAUCCCAAUUCUGAUAUGCACAUUCAUUCCAAGCACAAUGGUGGCACAAUCACACACCCUUUUCAUCAAGCAAGGCACCACUCUCGAUCGAACCAUCGGCAGCCAUUUCAAAGUCCCUCCUGCAAGUUUAUAUGCUUUUGUUACCAUCUCCAUGCUUGUCUCCAUUGUCAUCUACGACAGGAUCUUUGUGAAGAUAAUGCAGAGAGUUACUAGAAACCCAAGAGGAAUAACAAUGCUACAAAGAAUGGGAAUUGGAAUGAUCUUCCAUGUGUUGGUAAUGACAGUGGCGUCUCGAGUCGAAAAGCGCCGACUUUACGUGGCUAGAGCAAAUGGGUUGGUGAGAAAUGGCUCAGGACAAGUACUUCCCUUAACCAUUUUCACUCUCCUGCCUCAGUUCAUGCUCACAGGAGUAGCAGAUGCAUUACUUCAAAUAGCCAACGUUGAGUUCUUUUAUGAUCAAGCACCAAAAAGCAUGAAGAGUUUAGGCAGUUCAUACACGAUGACUUCCCUUGGAAUUGGGAACUUCCUCAGUAGCUUCGUUCUUUCAAAAGUUUCUGAGAUCACCAAAAGACAUGGCGAAGGGUGGAUUUUGAACAACUUGAAUGCUUCUCAUCUUGAUUACUUCUAUGCCUUACUUGCAGCUAUGAGUGGUGUUAACUUCUUUGUGUUCUUGGGCAUUUCCCAACUGUAUGUGUACAGAGCUGAAGUGUCUGAUGAACUCAACAAGAAGAAUGAAGUGGGUUGAAAAAUGAAGCCAUUUUCGAUCGAUCGACUCGACCGACACAAUUUCGAAGGAGUCGCGGUUAAGGAAGACGAGGUUUACUCUUCUAGAAACAGGUCUAUUUAGUCGUUGUUAAUUAAACAUGUAAGAAACAUAGAUGGUUUUGUUAAUUGAGAUAUGAAACAGAAAGGAAUGAGUUGAUAUCUUAAGAACUUUGGUAUGUUAAUAAUAUUUAUGCAAUGAGCCUCCCUCAAUAUCUCUCAAGCUUCAUUUAAAGUUGGUAGUAUACACACACAUACAUACUCUGUGUUUGUGUUUGUGUUUGUC